AUGAAGGCCAACACUCUCCUCCCCCUCCUGGGCCUGUCCGGCAGCGCCGUCGGCGCCGUUGUUGCCCGCAACAACCAGACUCCCUUUGGCUACGCCUCUGGCUCCAAGGAGUCCAUUGCCAACUUGAAGGACAAGAUUGAGAAUGUUGUCUGGAUUCUGUUGGAGAACCGUGGUUUUGACAACAUCCUGGGUGGUGUCCACAAGAAGGGUCUCGACAACGUUGUCAACAACGGACCCUUCUGCAACCCUGUGUCCGUCAAGGAGCCCAACGGUCAGAAGAUGUGCAGUCAGUACAAGGACUUUGACUCCGUCAUUCACGACCCCGACCACUCCGUCACUGGUGUCAACUUCCAGCUCUACGGUCAAUACAGCCCCGACAACGCUGCCAUUGCCAACGGCAGCCUGAAGCCCAGCCUUGAUGGCUUCGUUGAGCGCCAAGCUGAUCGCUACAACAUCUCCACCAAGCUCGCCACUGAGGAGGUUAUGGGCUACUACUCCGAGGACGAGAUCCCCACUCUCGUCAACCUGGUCGACGAGUUCACCACCUUCAACUACUGGCACUCCUGUGUCCCGGGUCCCACCAACCCCAACCGUCUCUGUGCCAUCGCCGGUACCCCCGACGGCCACGGAAAGAACGACAACGACUUCGAUGUCUCUGCCAUUGACAUCCCCAGCAUUUUCCAGGUUGCCUCCGAGAAGGGCAUCUCCUGGAAGAACUACGAUGGCACCAACGGUGCCUUCCUCUCCGACGCCAUGUUCUUCAACUGGACCGCUGCCAACGCCCAGUCCAGCGUCGUUCCCCUCGAGAACUUCUACCAGGACGCCUACCUGGGCACCCUCCCCAAGCUGUCCUACCUCAACCCCUCCUGCUGCGGCCUUGACACCAACUCCAUGCACCCCAACGGCAACGUCUCCACCGGCCAGGUCCUCCUGAAGCAGGUCUACGACGCCGUCCGUACCGGUCCCCAGUGGGAGAAGACUCUGCUGCUGAUCACCUUCGAUGAGACAGGUGGUUUCUACGACCACACCUACACCGAGACCGCCACCGAUGGCUCCAGCUACACCCUGAAGUUCGACCGUCUCGGUGGCCGUAUGCCCACCUGGCUCGUUUCCCCCUACGCUCCCCAGGGCUACGUCGAGAACUACGGUAUUGACCCCGCCACUGGCAAGUCUGCCUCGUACUCUGCUACCUCCGUCCUCAAGACUCUGGGUUACCUGUGGGAUCUGAAGGACUUCUCUCCCCGUGUUUCUCACUCCCCUGCCUUUGACCACCUGAUCGGUCCUAAGGCUCGCUCUUCGACCCCUGCUACUCUGGCCAACCCCCACCCCUUCCCUGAGGCUGUUUAA